UCCCAGAAGUCUUCGUUCCUCAGCUGCGGAACCUAUGGGCUUGGGAAUAGCAGCACCGGACCGCGUGCGGGCGGCUGGACAUGGCUUUCUCGAUCAGAUCGGUGGGUCGCCUGUUGAGCCCCGUCAGUAGGUCAGCGGCGCUACUGCGUGGCAGGUGGCUCCAGCCCCGGGCCUGGCUGGGGCUCCCCGACGCCUGGGGACUCCCCGGCGUGCAGCAGACCCGGGGCAAGGCGCGCGGGAACGAGUAUCAGCCGAGCAACACCAAGCGCAGGAACAAGCAUGGUUGGAUCCGGCGCUUGAGCACGCCAGGCGGCGUCCAGGUCAUUCUUCGCCGCAUGCACAAGGGUCGAAAAUCGUUGAGCCAUUGAGCGCGACGCUGCAGGCUGGACCCCCCCCCCCCCCCAUUUUAAAGCAUUUCCCUUGCUUAGCCUGCGGCUGUUUUUGUGCAGAGCUGGGGAGCAGGGACGACUGAGACUCGGACGGAUGUGAAUCCUCAAAUUUCGGUGUUGGCCCAAGGGAAGAAGUCUGGGAUUGGACUGAAAGAGGGAGUGGAAGUCAGACUUUGCCAAGUACCUUUUUACGCUUUUGAAUUAGGAAGAAUUUUGAACAUAUGCAACAGUCCACAGAAUCGUACAGUGAACGCCCUUGUAACCCAGUACAUAGCUCUACCCACAACCCAUCCUACCCUCUCCUGAGGUGCAUUAGGCAUCAGGUUAUUUCUUCUGUAAAUAUUUCAGAACUCCCCUCUCUAAGAUAAGGGCUCUUUAAUACAUAUUAACAAAACUUUUCACAGAUUAAAAAAAAAAGCCAAUAGUUCCUUCAUGUUGUUAAAAGUCUAAUAAAUGUUCAAAUUUUCACUUGUCUUAUAAAAUGUCAAUUCUCACAGUUCUAGGAAGGCUUGUGGAGAGGUGGGAGGGGUUUGAAUCCUCCACCUGUUUCUUGGGGAUGGCCUCUGUGACCUUGAGCAAGACCUUAGCCCUCUGAGGUUCUGUUUUGAUCCUAUAAAAUGAGACUUCCCUGGGGGUCCAGUGGUUAAAACUCCGCGCUUCCACUGCAGGGGGCGGGGGUUUCAUCCCUGGUUGAGGAACUAGGAUC